AUGCCGCUCAUAUCAUGUUUUGGAGGAAAAAGCGAAGACGACAAGAAAAAAAAACAAAUUAAUAAACAAAUAAAUGCUAAACUAAAACAAGAUGAAAAAAUUUAUAAAGCAACUUAUCGACUGUUACUAUUGGGUGCUGGUGAGUCUGGAAAAUCAACUGUAGUAAAACAAAUGAAAAUUUUACAUAAUCCAUUUACACAACAAGAAAAAAUAGACAAAAUUCCUGACAUCAAACGAAAUAUUCGUGAUUCAUUAACUAGUAUUCUAAAAGCGUUUGACGCUAUAUCUCCGCCCGUACAGCUAGAACAUCCUGAAAAUCAAAUUAGUGUUAAUUAUAUUCUUACCACAGCUAAUCUAAUUGAUUUUGACUAUCCACCAGAAUUUUAUAUGCAUGCCAGUAUACUGUGGAAAGAUGCUGGUGUACAAGCUUGUUUUGAAAGAUCGAAUGAAUAUCAAUUAAUUGAUUGUGCUAAAUAUUUUCUUGAUCGUGUUGACGAAGUAAAAGAUCCAAAUUAUAUGCCAAGCGAACAGGAUAUACUACGAUGUCGUGUUUUGACAUCCGGAAUCUAUGAAACGAUAUUUACUGUUGAAAGAGUACGCUUCCAUAUGUUUGAUGUUGGUGGUCAACGUGAAGAACGUCGUAAAUGGAUUCAAUGUUUUAAUGAUGUGACAGCCAUUAUAUUUGUGACAGCAUGUAGUAGUUUUAAUCUGGUACUUAUUGAAGAUGAAGGACAAAAUCGUUUAAGAGAAUCAUUAGAUUUAUUCAAAAAUAUCUGGAAUAAUAGAUGGCUAAGGACAAUAUCCGUCAUAUUAUUUUUAAAUAAACAAGAUCUAUUAGCUGAAAAAAUCAAAAGUGGACGAGCAAGAUUAGAGGAUUAUUUUCCAGAUUUUUCACGUUAUGUUGUAUCACAAACAGAACCCGAUAAAGCCGAGCCUGAUGAAGAUCCAGAAGUAACAAGAGCAAAAUAUUUUAUACGUGAUGAAUUUCUGCGUGUAAGUACCGCAACCGGUGAAAAUCGUCAUUAUUGUUAUCCUCAUUUUACAUGUGCUGUUGAUACAGAAAAUAUUCGUCGUGUGUUUAAUGACUGUCGGGACAUUAUACAACGUAUGCACUUAAGACAGUACGAAUUGCUGUGA